UGAUAGCACAGACAUUUACUUGUAUUAGUUUUGAUGAGUACCAAGCAGCGACCUAGUUCAGUUUCUGCAGUCUGUGCCUAGUUCAGUUUCUGCAAGGUUUGCUUUAUGAUGUUUAAAGGUAACUGUGUCUAAAAACAGUCUGUUGCAUAAUGUAAAAAAAACUGUCAUUUUAAAAAGCUAUCCAGCGCAUAUAAAUUACAUGUUUUCAAUUGUUUUUUGAAAGGCUCUAACACUGCGUGAAACACCCGUGUUUAAGAGCCCUAAAGAAAUGGUAUAAUUUCUGCAGGGGUGCCAAAUAUUAGGCACCCCCCCCCCAGUGAUUAUGACUUACCUGAAACCCCAGGCUGUAUUUCCUAUACCCCAGCAGUGGCAGAGCCUUCUCCCAUACUUACAACCCCAUCUAGAACCCUGCACUAACUUCUUUCUUGGCACUGCAUAAACACAGGCAGUUUCCCCAUAAAUUAGGGUAAAUAUGCAUAACUACAUUUCCCAAAAUUUCUUCAACAGCCUUCAGCUGUCAGGAAUUGUAGUUUAUCAACUUCUGCAGUAGCACAGGAUGCCCAGCCUUGCAAUUGGCUGCUUUUGUGAUGCAUUUGCCUUAUUAUUUAUUCUGUUUACUUUGGCUGUCUAUAAAUAAAGCAGCACUGGGUUUGUUAUCAGUAUGUUGGAGAGGUGCCUGCAGUUUCCUCUGUACACAGACCUGAAAUGCUCUACCCAGCAUAUGGGCUCUACAGGAAGUGCCAGUUUGGUUCCGAUCUUGAGAAUCACUGCUGUUUAACUACCGAUUAACACAGAUGGUGGCUGGUUAAGAUGCUGUGAAGUUCUAAAGAAUGAUUGAGGACUCUGGAAAAAGGGGGAAUACCAUGGCAGAACGAAGGCAGCUGUUUGCAGAAAUGCGUGCUCAAGAUUUGGAUCGAAUUCGAUUGUCUACAUACCGAACGGCCUGCAAGCUUCGUUUUGUGCAGAAAAAAUGCAACUUGCAUCUGGUGGAUAUCUGGAACAUUAUAGAAGCGCUACGGGAAAAUUCACUAAACAACGUGGACCCAAAUGUGGAACUGAAUGUGGCUCGCUUGGAAGCGGUGCUCUCAACAGUUUUUUUCCAGCUAAACAAGCGGAUGCCAACCACUCACCAGAUCAAUGUAGAACAAUCAAUCAGCCUAAUGUUAAACUUCCUUCUCACUGCUUAUGAUUCGGAAGGGCAUGGUAAGAUUACAGUUUUCGCAGUCAAAAUGGCUCUAGCAACUUUAUGUGGAGGAAAAAUUAUGGACAAAUUAAGAUAUAUUUACUCCAUGAUAUCUGAUACAAAUGGUAUGAUGGUAUAUGGGCGCUAUGAUCAAUUUCUAAGAGAGGUGCUUAAAUUACCCACUGCAAUUUUUGAGGGCCCUUCAUUUGGUUACACAGAGCAAGCUGCCAGGUCGUGUUUUUCACAGCAGAAAAAAGUUACCUUAAACUCUUUCCUGGAUACACUUAUGUCUGACCCACCACCUCAGUGUCUUGUCUGGUUACCUCUUCUGCAUCGACUGGCGAAUGUAGAAAACGUCUUCCAUCCUGUUGAGUGUUCCUAUUGCCACAGUGAGAGCAUGAUGGGUUUUCGUUAUCGCUGCCAGCAGUGUCACAAUUACCAGCUCUGUCAGGAUUGCUUCUGGAGGGGACAUGCCAGUGGUUCCCAUAGCAACCAGCACCAAAUGAAAGAGUACACGUCAUGGAAAUCACCCGCUAAGAAGUUAAGCACUGCACUUAGCAAGUCCUUAAGCUGUGCUUCCAGCCGUGAGCCUCUGCACCCCAUGUUUCCUGACCAGCCUGAAAAGCCUCUUAACCUGGCUCACAUUGUUGAUACUUGGCCUCCCAGACCAGUUACCAGCAUGAAUGACAACAUCUUCUCUCACUCUGUUCCCUGCUCAGGAAGUCCAUUCACAAACAAAAUUUCUCCUCACAAGAGUACAGAAGUGGAGCAGAGCAAAUAUCUGGCUAGGGCUGCUCCGACUUUGCUAAAGGGAAAAGGGUUGCAAUACAGCCUGGAUGUGGCAGAUAGGCUGGCCGAUGAACAUGUUCUUAUCGGGGUAUAUGCCAACAUGCUACAGAACAACCAUUCACGAAUGCUGGACAGCCCAAGCCGACUGGACGAAGAACACAGACUGAUUGCCAGAUACGCAGCAAGGCUGGCAGCAGAAAAUUCUUCAGCACAGGCUCAGCAGAGAGGAGGAGCUGAUAUCUCCUUUACUAUUGAUGCAAAUAAGCAACAGCGACAACUCAUUGCAGAGCUUGAAAACAAGAAUAGGGAAAUCCUGCAGGAAAUCCAGCGAUUGCGAAUUGAACAUGAACAGGCAUCACAGCCCACACCGGAGAAAGCACAACAGAAUCCCACCCUCUUGGCUGAGCUGCGGCUCCUCAGACAGCGCAAAGAUGAACUUGAGCAGAGGAUGUCUGCCCUGCAGGAAAGCAGGAGGGAGCUGAUGGUGCAGCUGGAAGGCCUCAUGAAACUUCUAAAGGAGCAAGAGCUGCGACAGGAAACUCAGGGGGCUGGUUCCCCUCGCUCAUCUCCUAGUCAUACCAUUAGCCGACCGAUACCUAUGCCUAUUCGGUCAGCAUCUGCCUGCUCCACCCCAACCCACACUCCUCAGGAUUCUCUGACUGGUGUUGGGGGAGAUGUGCAAGAAGCUUUUGCUCAGAGUGCAAGGAGAAAUUUACGUAAUGAUUUACUUGUAGCAGCUGAUUCCAUUACCAAUACUAUGUCUUCUCUGGUUAAAGAGCUGAAGUCAGAUGUUGGAAAUGAAACAGAGUGUGGUGUGGAUACCGAAUAUGGCCGUGUUCAUUUUGAUGAUUUGGUUCCUUCCCCAACCUCAGAGAAGGCAUUCCUUGCCCAGAUCCAUGCACGAAAACCAGGGUUUAAUCAUCAUUCUGCUGCUACUGGCAACAUUCGCACUGACUUGGGUACAGAGGGUUCCUACGGUCGGCAUGAUGAUGAGACUUAUGAGAAUGACUCUGUGCGCCAGUUAGAACAUGAGCUGAAGAUGGAAGAGUAUUUAAAGCAGAAGUUACAAGAUGAAGCUUAUCAGAUAAGCUUUAGUCCAGAGAAGUAGCGGUGAGGACUGCCAACUGAGUAAUGAGCAAACGGCACAAAUCCAGACUCCCUGAGAGGAUCAUGAGGGGAAAUGUCUGCUGCAUCUUCUGGCACCAUGGAAUGUAGCACAGUCCAUUUUCUGCUAAACCUUGUAGUUUGUAGGUGUGUGUUUUGAAAUAAUGAGAAGCUUUUGUUUGAGUUUUAAACAUAAUUUGCAUCACCAGUAACAAAAAAAAAAACUAGUAUAUGGUUUGCACUCUUUAAUUAACAUGUUGCAUUAGACUUUUGUUGGUUUUCCACGUGAAAAAUGUUUGUGCUGAACUCAUUUGGUAGCCAAGUGGCUAACACACUUCCUGACUGAUCAGACAUGAGAAGGGGUUAAAAAAUCACUGCUUUCCACUGGCCUUCAGGGAGCCAUCUGACUGCACAUGACCAUAACAGACUUCAGAUAAAGUCCUGGAUAAGAAGCUGGUGGCUUCCUGGAUUAUCCUCAAGCAGUGACUUAAUCAGCACCAUGGAAUGGUGAGCACUAAAAAGCCAAUGAUCUGAAGAGGAAUUAUUUCUCUUCGAUAACUACUAGAUAUCUGAGUGCCUUAGUGCCACCCAAGCUCACUCUGCCACGUAUCUAGUAGCGGUGGCCAAGUAAAUAGUCCUACGCCUUUCUAACAAUGAACUCUCCUACAGUCCACUACUGCAACUGUGCCCACCUGCUGACCCCUUGUGUGCCAGGGAAGUAACAGUGUUAUGCCUUGCAUACUCACUGGCACACAAGGGCUUCCACCUGCCAUAUGUAAUGUAACCCUACAACCUGCAUUGAACUAUAUGCACCAGAACAUAAUGCACCCAGCACGCAUUAAACUCUGGUUACCACCCAUCAGAGGACCUACAAAUAACAGUAAAUAGAUGCAGAUUCGCUCUCACACACAGCAUUAUUUUUUCCCAAUCAAUUAUUCUUUGCAGGUUUUUGCACUUGAAUUAGAUUUGUGAUCCUAGUCAUUAAUGGCUUAAUAGGCUUAUUAAAAAACAAAAAAUGAAAAAACAAAGAAACACACUUAAAGCCAUGCAGCACUUUAUGGCUUUUUUUGAAUCACUGGAUAUUAAUAAGAUAUAUUUCUUUAUAUAUUAAUAUUUUUUUUAGUUCUUGGAAAGUUCUAGAAAUUUAUUUGUGCCACGUGCACGAAAGAAGUUUUCAUUUAGGGCUAAUGUAUAAUUUUGGGUUUAUUUCUGUCAAGAUGAUGUCAUAAAUCAGCCAUACGAAUUCUUAAUGUAAAUAUAUAUUUCUAUUUUUCAUUUUCAAUAGAGACACUCCUAUACAGAAAUAAAUAUACGUUGUUCUUAUGUCAAAUCUAAUUUUGAAAUCUGCACAGAAGUUAUAAAAAGAACUGUGAAUAAAGUUUUGAACUACUUCGCCUCUCACUAGCUGAGCGGUCCGGAGAAUCCUUCCGCAGACCAUACCAGAGAGUGAACAGGUUUACGUUAUUUAUAAACCACCGGUGCCAUAAGAUCCCAACACAACCCAACAUAUUCGUUUAUUAUGUUCCAUAAUGCAGUUUUAUAGAAAAUGGUUAUUUUUUUGUUUUAUUUUGCAGUUGAGUUUUGGAUUAAAGGCCUUUGCCUUCCAAAUGAUCAUGGGCUUUAAACGUACACUUUGUUCUCGGGAAUGCCUUACUGGCCACCAAUCAUUCUGCCUGCAUUUGAUUAUAUAUGGCGCACCACUGAAAUAUAAAAAAAAGCAAAAAGCACAAGGAUUAGUAGAUUAUUGUCUGUGGUAUUAUUCAAAGAUUUUAACCAAGCUGUGAGAACAGAUCACUAGAAUAUGUUUAAAGGGUAACAAGGUAGGGUCGUUUGUGUUAUUGAGACCAGAGUUUAUUCUUACACUCCUCAAUUUUCAGUUCAACUUUUUGAUACUUUUGUGUCAAAAAUCCCACUCUUCACUCUAUAUGAAAUUAUAUUUAUGGGCAGUUUGAUUGUGUAUCGUGAAAAUGAGAUAUUGGGUGGGCAACUAUUUGUUAGAGACAAAUGUUUACAGGUUGGAUCCCACACAAAUGAUGAUGUCUUAUGUUUCUCCAUGAUGCCUUCUGAGGAAAGGUUCUGUAUCAUUAAGAUGAUCAGUGUACUUGACUUUUACACAAUUAAAGCUGAAUAGAGGGUUUUCUAUAUAAGCAUCUUUUUUUUCCCUUAACCCAGUAUAUUUUUAGUAACAUAGGUCAUUUUAUCAGUAGGUUCAAAAUUCUUCCCAGAAUGGCCAAUUCUUCUUACUGUUGCACUUUAGAGGGCAAGGAUGGCAACUGUUUCACACGAUUGGCUGUAACUCCCUGGAAUGCUUCAAAAAACAAAAAUGUCCCUCUAUAAUCCAAUAUUAUGCUGAUAACAACAAUAUUGUAACUGUACUGGGUAUCUUGGCAUAACCGCCACAUAGAGCGGCCCCUUUUUGUAUGUUCAAACCGCCAUCUUGGCCACCUGAAUGCCUUUAUUGGCUGAGUAGAAAUGGAGUACACUAAGAUCAUGCAAAACAUUUAAUACUUAUUUCCUGCAACAUUCAUAUGGACUGUGGCACCACAAGUUACAACUGCAUAUUCAUAGUUUAUGUAUAAAACCAUUGCUUUAUGUCAUAUACUCAAAAAUGAUACGUGAUCUGUUCAAAAGCCAAAUUAUAUCAGCCAUACAAAAAAGUGGUAUAUAAUAUAAAUAAUAACUAGAGAUGUGACAGGUUUUUUUAAACAGAUUCCUGGAUUAGUUUGAUAUUUCAACUGUUCUGGUACUGUCUCACAGCUAAAUGUACUAAUAUGGAAACUAGUAGUUUGUGAUAUGGUGUUGGGUCUCUGGAGCAGGGAUGUCAGACUGGGCGUCUCUGUUCUGCAAUACUCAAUGCAAUAUACGGUGGUACUUUUGCCUGCAAAAUAACCCAUUGUAGUUAUAAAAUGAAGGAAAAACAGAAAUGGAAAGCAAAGUCUUGAUGAGGCUUAAAUCAAAGAUGGAUGAAAGUUGAAGAUUAAUAUAUACAGGUAUGGGACCUGUUAUCCAGAAUGCUUGGGACCUGGGGGUUUUCCGGAUAAGGAGUCUUUCCAUAAUUUGGAUCACAAUACAUCAGUCUAUUAAAAAAUCAUUUAUAUCCAAUAGGAUUAUUUUGCCUCCAAUCAGGAUUAAUUAUAUCUUAGUUGGGAUCAAAUACAAGGUACUGUUUUAUUUUUGCAAAGAAAAAGGAAAUAAUUUUUAAAACAUUGAAUUAAUUGAUUAAAAUUAAGUCUUUGGGAAAUGGACUUUCCAUAAUUCAGAGCUUUCUGGAUAACCGGUUCGUGGAUAAAGGAUCCCAUACCUAUUUAAUUGCGUGUUUACAGAAUGUAUAAUAAAAGGCAUAUUAGAAUGUAGAAUAUAUGUAGAAUUGCAAAUGAUUUGUGUGGCCUUUGAUGUAAUACCUUAUAUUUAAGUCUCUUGCAUAUUUUUUAUGUUUAUUGGGGAGUUCUUUUUGCAUGAGCCAAAUAUUGUGUUUGUUAGAAAAUGGUACUGUUUCAUUUUGUUCAGUUUUUCAUCCAAUCCUGUAGAUAUACCUUGUAAAUAGGGCAGCCUCUGGUUGCUUUACACUAGUGGGUUCCUUACAGUCAGUCAGGGCGAGUGCUGCUCUGUGCCUGCAUGGUGACUGCAAGCCUGAAGUUGUUGUUGAUCUGUAACUCCCAGCGCGCCCUUCUGUCAGUUUGGUGCUGAGAGUUGCAGUGCAACGUUAUCUGUAAGGCCCUUCAGUUGCCCAUGCCAGCUACAUGGGCUUUUUGACUUCUGAACCAAAAAUGUAAACACAAUCUCAAGGUUACUACCCGAUGUUUUUAAUUCCUCUGUGUCACUUGGUACAGCAAGAACAGACGCACUAACAACCGACAAUAUCAUUGGUAUUAUAACUACUGUUGUAUGGGGAUUUUGUACUGUAUUGCUGUUAAGUAUUGUUUUGUGUGUGUGUCAGAACCAUCAUGGGCACAUGUCCUAUUCUCAAGUGGUUAUAAUAACUGUGUGUCUAUAUUUUGGAAUGGAAUUAUUUCUUCAUUAAAAAUGAUUUUUAAAAACAAA